AUGUCUAAACAGUGGGCUGACAAUAAAGACGGUGCUUUUAGAAGACAAAUGAGUUCUUUUCGAGAAAUGAUCUCACCAGAUCAUCCAAUCUAUAAGCCCGCUACCGGUAGAUACUGGUUGUAUGUCUCUUUAGCAUGUCCAUGGGCUCACAGAACCUUAAUUACAAGAGUCUUAAAGGGAUUGACAUCUGUUAUUGGUGUUUCUGUUGUACACUGGCACUUAGAUGAAAAAGGUUGGAGACUAGCACCUACGCCAAUUGAUCAAACUGUCGAUCAAUCUCAAUUUUAUACACCAGCUGGUGGAAUCGUCACAACAAAAAAUGACAUUAGCUGUCAUGUAGGCACAAUCCCCAACAAUUCACAAAGGUCAAACAUUGACUCAAACUUUGAUCCAAUUAAUGGCUUCACUAGAUUAUCAGAGUUAUACUAUAAGAGUGAUCCAAAUUAUAAAGCCCGUUUCACUGUUCCUGUGCUAUGGGAUACUCAAACAAACACAAUUGUCAACAACGAAAGUUCUUUAAUCAUAAGAAUACUUGAUUCUGGCGUAUUUGAGGAAUUUGUUCCAGAAGGAGAAAAAUCUAAAAUACCAAAAUUGGUUCCAAAAAAUUUAGAGACCGAGAUUAAUGACUUUAAUGCUUGGGUCUAUAAUAAUGUUAACAAUGGUGUAUAUAAAGCUGGUUUUGCAGAAAACCCAGAAAUUUAUGAAAGGCAAGUUAUCGAUGUUUUCACCCAUUUGGAUAAGAUUGAAAAUAUCUUAGAGAAAAAGUAUACACAGCUGAUUGAAAAAAAAUCUAAUGACACAGAGAAAGUCUUAUCUGAUUUUUUUACCGUUGGUAAUCAGUUAACUGAAGCUGAUGUCAGAUUAUACACCACUAUUGUAAGAUUUGAUCCAGUCUACGUACAACAUUUCAAAUGCAAUUUAACUACCAUCCGAGACGGAUACCCAAUGAUUCAUUUAUGGCUAAGGAACUUAUAUUGGAAUUAUCCUGCAUUCAAAGAUACUACCAAUUUUGAACACAUUAAGUUACAUUACACUCGUUCACACACUAGAAUAAAUCCACUGGGCAUCACCCCUUUAGGUCCUAUGCCAGCUAUCAAACCUUUAUAA